AUGUCUCACGACCAUGGCUCUAUGGCUGGGAUGGACUCCGGCGAUGAUACCGGCUCUUCAACUUCCUCCACUUCCCAAGACGUGAUGCCGAUGGUAUUCCAAUGGGCGAUGCAAACGCCCAUAUACUCCUACGCCUUUACUCCAAAAUCCACUUCACAAUACGUCGGCGCCCUUGUCUUCCUUAUAGUUCUUUCAAUUAUCUACCGCGCCCUCGUCGCCUACAAAUCCCGUAAAGAAUCCACAUGGCGUGAGGAGGAAAAGGCUCGGAAAGUCAUCAUCGCUGGACAGUUUAACGACGACAAGGCGAGUGCCGAUGUCAGUACGCGGGAGGUUCGAGGUACGGCUCCAUGGAGGUGGCGUGUAGACCUUCCCCGAGCUCUUCUCUCGAUGGUCAAUAUUGGCCUACACUAUCUGCUCAUGUUCGCUGUUAUGACAUUGAAUGUCGGAUACUUCUUUGCAGUCCUUUUCGGCGUAUUCGUUGGUGACCUCGUUUUUUCGAGGUAUGGGCAUUGA